AUAGGAAGGGGCAGAAGAAGGAAGGAGGAGAAGAAAGUACUCACAGAAACAACCACGAGGAUUUUAUACUUUUUUGGGAUUAAGUGUUUUUGAAAACUUGAAAGCACUUUUUUUUUCUCUUUCACUUGAGGACCUAAACGUAACGAAUGCGGACUAUCAUCUAACUUAAUAGCAACGAACUUUGAAAAAAUGGCUCAUCUUUAUUUGAGAUACUUUUUGGCUCUUGUGCUGGUCAACACCGUUUUGUCUUCUGGAGUUUUCGAGCUCAAGAUCCACUCAUUCCACACUGCGCACCGCAUCUGCAGAAAGCACAGGGACUGCCACAUUUUCUUCAGAAUCUGCCUGAAACACCCAGAAGAUGUGAUCUCCGCUGAGCCUCCAUGCACCUUUGGCACCGGACACACCAAUGUCAUCCGGGCUGACCACACAUCCAUCUCCAGCAGCGCACCAAUCAGAGUGCCUUUUCAUUUCAAGUGGCCGGGAACUUUUUCACUGAUUAUUGAAGCUUGGAAUGCAGAAUCUCAGACUGAAUACACAGAAAACCAGAACAAUUUGGUGAGCCGUCUUGCCACCAGGAGAAGACUGGCCAUCGGAGAGGACUGGUCCCAAGAUGUGCACUUCGGGGAGCAGAGUGAGCUCCGUUACUCCUACCACGUGUUUUGUGAUGAGUACUACUUUGGGGAUGGCUGUGCUGACUACUGCAGACCCCGGGAUGAUACUCUGGGCCACUACAACUGUGACAAAGAGGGCAACCGCAUCUGUCUGGAGGGAUGGAAAGGAAACUACUGCUCUGAACCCAUCUGCUCAGCGGACUGCAGUGAGAAGAACGGCUACUGCGAGGCCCCUGGGGGUUGUACAUGUCGCAUGGGCUGGCAGGGCCCCUCCUGCACCGAGUGUGUGCGCUACCCGGGAUGUCUGCACGGGACCUGCAGCCAGCCUUGGCAGUGCAACUGUCAGGAGGGAUGGGGAGGACUCUUCUGUGACCAGGACCUCAACUACUGCACAAACCACAAGCCCUGUGCCAAUGGAGCCACCUGCACCAACACAGGGCAGGGCAGCUACACCUGCACCUGUCGCCCUGGAUACGGAGGCACCAACUGUGAGCUGGAGACCAACGAGUGUGACAGCAACCCCUGCAAGAAUGGAGGCAGCUGCAAUGAUCUGGAGAAUGAUUAUUCUUGUACCUGCCCUCAAGGUUUCUAUGGUAAAAACUGUGAGAUCAUUGCAAUGACCUGUGCAGAUGGUCCUUGUUUUAAUGGAGGCACCUGUGUGGAGACUAUGACCGGAGGAUACACCUGCAGCUGUCCCAACAGCUACACCGGCUCCAACUGUGAGAAGAAGUUAGACCGCUGCAGCAACAAGCCCUGCAUGAACGGAGGUGAGUGCUUGGAUCUGGGCCAGAGCAUUUUGUGCCGUUGCCAGGCUGGUUUCACCGGUGCCAACUGUCAGGUGAACAUUGAUGACUGUGCCUCCAACCCGUGCCAAAAUGCAGGCACAUGCCAGGAUGGUGUGAACGACUACACCUGCUCCUGCACACUGGGCUACACAGGCAAGAACUGCAGUGUCCGCUCUGACGCUUGUGGGGAGCGGCCAUGUCAGAAUGGAGGGACCUGCUUCACCCACUUCUCUGGACCUGUGUGCCAGUGCCCAAAAGGCUUCAUGGGUCCAAGCUGCGAGUUUACCCUACAACCACCAUUCAAACCAGCCCUUCUGCAAACCUCCCAGCCCUCCUCUGCCACCGUCACCGUCUCCUGUAUCCUAUCUGUCCUGGUUCUUGUGCUGGUGGUUGGCAUCAUCUUCUUGAGAAGGCGUCGAAGACUCCAUGGAAGGAAACCACUGAGCGAUAUCGCAGUUUACAAUGACUUUGAGACUGCCAAUAACCAGAGUAGUGAGAGAGAUGCUUUUCUGGGACCCAAUGGUUUGUUUAAGAUCAGUAACAGCACAGCCCGACUCAGCCUCAGCUUGUGCCCAGAUGGCAGACCCGGAUACAGGUCUGGCCCUGUGGAGAGCAGCCUGUCCAGAGGAGAGAGGCAGGACUUUAUGUGGAGGGACGAGUCUGCGCCAGGACUACGAUGAACGACUGGGACAACAGGGAUAUCUGUAUAGAUGUAUUAUAGCACUUGUUGCUCCUUGUCUUCAUAUGCGGUGAAGAGAGGGACAUGCUCAUGAGCUCAAAUGGGCUUAUGCUGAAGAUAGUAUACCAAUAAAAAUGUAAGCAGAAUGAGCAAAAUAUUGAACUAAAGAUGUUUUAUGGGCCAGAGCUCUUCCAGUAAUAUCCAAAGAGAGAAACAAUACACUUUUCUAUGGACCUACAAAAAAACACACCAAACUGCUGAAGUCACAAACUCUGGUUUUGGUGAACACGCCCGACAUGCCCAAAACAUGUGUUUUUUAUUGGGUUAUUAUCUUUGUUCAGUUCACUUUGUUUUCUUUUGAUUUGACACAGUACUUUUGAGUUGCUUUUCAAUCUUGCUUUGUGCGUACCAUCAUUUUUUUAUUCUAUUAUUUAUUUAUUCAAAAGUUUAGUUUAUGGCUUCACAAUGAUUGUCACAUAUGUAGAGAUUUAUUUAUAUGAUGCUGAAUGCUGACC